CAAAAACUAAAGCCCUAAACUCUGGCCAUGGCCUCCUCUUCCAUUGUAACUUCCUACACUUCACAGUGGUUUCCAAAGAAGCUCCCGGGAGCAAACGUCGCGGCAAAUAGAUUUAAAUCGUCGCGGGUGUUCUUCGUCCAGCCUCGAGCAGCAGCAGCGAGCGAUUCUUCAGUGAAAGCGCUAUUUUUCGAUUGCGAUGGCGUUUUGGUUGACACAGAGAAGGAUGGUCAUCGAGUUUCCUUCAAUCAGACCUUCAAGGAGAAAGGAUUGGACACAGUCUGGGACGUGGAGCUCUACGGAGAAUUGCUCAAGAUUGGAGGCGGCAAAGAACGCAUGACACACUACUUCAAUCAAGUUGGAUGGCCCGACGCUGCUCCAAAAGACUCCGCCGAGAGAAAAGCUUUCGUAGCAUCGCUGCACAAGCGAAAGACCGACUUGUUCAUGGAGCUUAUCGAUACUAAAGAACUUCCACUUCGUCCAGGAGUUGCCAGAUUAGUCGACGAAGCACUUGCGAAGAACAUCAAGGUCGCCGUUUGUAGCACCUCAAACGAAAAAGCUGUCUCGGCAAUUGUCAAUGUUUUGCUCGGUCCUUUGAGAGCCAGAUCCAUUUCCAUCUUCGCCGGCGAUGUAGUCCCUCGCAAAAAACCAGAUCCAGCCAUCUACACUUUGGCUGCUACAUCUUUCCAAGUUGAGCCUUCGAGUUGCGUGGUCAUCGAGGACAGUGGGAUUGGCCUCCAAGCUGCCAAAGCUGCCGGGAUGACUUGCAUUGUCACCAAGAGCGUAUAUACUGCGGAUGAAAACUUCGAUCGAGCUGAUGCUGUGUUUGAUUUCAUCGAUUUUGGCAUUGAGUUUUGUGAGUCCUUGGUGACGAGCAAAGUUCUUAGCUGAUGAAUCGCAUUAUCUCGUCCUGUUAUGAGCUCGUUCGAUCAAAGGAAUUCACCAUAUGAGGCAAGUGAAUUCACCAUAUAAGUUCGAUCCACCAAACGUAUUCAUUCCUAUCUAUUUGAUCGUGACUACCAUAUCAAAGCUAAGCACAAAUUCAAAGACAAUGGCACAAGACAUUUUUCUUAAGCAAGCACGCGAUUUUCUCGAA